ACCAGUCUUGUAUAAUCGUGGAUUAUUGUUUUUCAGCCUUAAAGCUCUCCCUUUUGUCAUUACUAACACAUAUUUGCCUUCUCUUUUCAAUCUUAGGUGCACUAAAGAAAUUUUCUCCUUUUUUCCCCCAUAGAUCAUCUAAGCUAUGGCGAGGACAAGAAACAAGAGUUUACAAGCAAAACUGGUAGGUUCUUCUUGGGGACAUGGGGGCAGGGAAAACAAGUUUGGUUCUUAGAUUUGUGAAAGGUGAAUUUUCCGAGUACCAGGAAUCAACAAUUGGAGCAGCAUUCUUCACUCAUGUGUUGUCUUUAAACGAAGCGACUGUAAAAUUUGAUAUAUGGGACACAGCAGGGCAGGAACGAUACCACAGUUUGGCUCCUAUGUACUAUCGAGGUGCUGCUGCUGCCAUUGUUGUGUAUGACAUUACAAGCAUGGAUUCUUUUGUACGAGCAAAGAAGUGGGUUCGAGAAGUGCAAAGACAAGCAAAUUCAAGUUUGACAAUGUUUUUGGUGGCUAACAAGGCUGAUUUGGAAGACGAGAGAAAAGUCAGAUAUGAGGAAGGUGAGGAAUAUGCCAAAGAAAAUGGCUUGUCUUUUCUUGAAACUUCAGCAAAAACCGCACAGAAUGUGAAUGAGCUUUUCUAUGAAAUAGCAAAGAGAUUGGUGAAAGCUAACCCUUCACGUCAAAGUGGAAUGAAGCUGCAUACCAGACCUGGAGAAACAAGAAGAGGAUUCUUGUGUUGUACUUAAUUAUUAAUGGCUUUCCUCACGUCACGUGUCCAUUGUUGAUGUCUACGUAAAUGUAAUUGCUCAGACAACAAGAACAAAGCCAUGUUCGGUGUACAUUGUAAGAUCUCACGCCCAAACUUGUUCUUUCUUUUUAUUUAUUUUUUCUGUUUCUGGCUUACAUGUACAACGUACUCCUUCCUUUCUGUAAACACAUUAUUUAUAUUACCCACUUGUUGGUAA